CUUGAAAAGUAUCCAGAGCAAAUCUCCAUAUUGGCCUCAUCUACUUGGUAUUCGCGCAAACAGGACUUGCUGUGUCUACUAUUUUACCUUGCUGUCGUGAGUUGUUUCUUUGACGGAUGGUGGGUUGGAUGUGUUCCUCACAUCAUUGACGAACAUGGGAUGUUCAUGUAAUUCACGGUGUAUUUUUGUUUCAAUCUGCAUCAUACAACUGGUAACCGUCACUUUUCGGCAAGUUUUUGAUUUUCUUGGAUUGCAAUGGACCUCAAUUGUUGCGAAUUUUUGUCAAAUUUCAGUUUUAAUUUUGGGACUUUAUGGAGCAUACCAGUAUAAAAGAAGAAUCAUCGCAGUGUAUGCUACGUGGACUUUAAUAUGGAUAGGAUGGAAUAUUUUUCUCAUCUGUUUAUAUCUUGACAUAGGGAUCUUACGUCUGAAUAAUCAUGGUAUUGCAGUCAAUCUUGCCAUCACAGACAGUUAUUCAUGGUUCAAAAAUACAUCGUUUUCUUGUGAUUCUCUGUCAUCAACUCCAUUAUGGCUAGAUCCUACAACACCCACUAACAUGCCUAUUGAUUGUGCGAUUGAUUAUCGUUAUAUAGAAAUAUUCCAAUCGGGCUUGCAGGUCGCAUUCGCUUGCUUCGGGUUCAUCAUAUCAUGCUAUGUUAUUGGUGUUCUUGAAGAUGACAGUGGCAGUUUCGAUUUCAUUGGCAGUGAUGAUCGAAAGAGAGGUGGUCCGGAAGAAUCACCACUUGUAAGAUCACAUCGUGUUGCUGAGGAAUAAAAUGAAAAGAUGGGUGUUAAUAAAAUUGUUUCAUUUGUCCAAUACAACUGAUGCUUUUUGCUGGCUUUUCUAAAUAUUUUUCUUGAUCUACGGAUUAUUAUCUAUAUUAUGCUUUGUUCAUUUUGUCAUCUUUGUACUUUUAUUUGAUGGGGCUUUUUCUAUUUUUAACAAUUUGUUUGAAGUGUUAUGAAGCAGUAGUUGAAAUCAUUUGAUAUUUAGUAUGCUGCGGUAGGGAUUGGCACAACAUAAAACAUCAUUUUUACAUCAGAUGGUGCAAGUUUUUGUUUAUUACUUUGUUAAUUACUCAACUCUUUCUUUCGCAUGUCUGGUACAUUUUUUUACUUCACUAUCAAGUCUGUAAUAUUUUUAUGCUUCGUUUUUGCACAAUCAUGUCUGCCAUUCAUCAUUAUUUCAUGUGGUUGAAUUAUUAUUUAUGAUCAACAGAAAUACAACACCAAGCCAUAAUGAAAAGAAGAAUAUUGUAAAAUCUCCUGAGCAUGUUAGAGUAAAAAGAAAAUCGUACUUUAUUAUGGGAUUGUUUAUUCACCAUUUUCUUUAUAUCACACUUUUUCACAUUGUUCUAUCAAUUGUAUAGUCACAACAAUCUAGAUCAGCAACAGUUCUAUUUCACUGAUAUUGUACAAUGUAGCUCAUACUGACCGACCACUGUCUGUAAAUUAUGGGUGGUGAAUUUCUAUAUUUUGUUUUUAAUAGAAGUUGAUUUCUGUAUUCUGGCGAAUUUGCAAGUUCUUGUUGAAGUAUAUUUCAUUUAUUUGCCUAUGUUUAUGCUUUGUUACAAUGAAAUUAAUCGCAUAACUAAA